AUUAAACUAAACUCUUCUUCCCUUCCUUCCUUUGUCCUUCCCUUUUCCUUUCUUUCUUUCUCUCCUCCUCCCUUCUCUUUACCUUUUUUACAUUUAUCCAAAUUAUGGAAAACAAGGUGGCCCAAUCGGCCGCUGACCUCGAUACGGCUCGUUGCCGUGGUGACUGGUCAUCUAUACCCCAACUCGCUCAGAGAUAUAAAAAGUACCAUCCCGAUGAAACAGUAUUGGACGCUACUGCGUGCAUUGAGGCCGAACUCGUCGACCAGAUACAAAGUACGCGUCAACGCACAGCAACUGCCCAAGAACACGCCAACGACACUCCCGACUCGAUCCACAAUUCACCUUCACUCAAUUCACUUCAAUCGCAGUCCUUUGCUCGGCGCAUUCAAGACAUUAUUCGAGGAAAGAAAGCUAAUUUAGAUUUGCCGGAUGAUCGUCAGGCACAGUUUACAAAGAUCAUUUUGGCACGCAUUUAUUUCGAAUCAGGCGAUUACGACAAAGCGCUUGAAUCAUUGCAGAACUUAGCUUUACGGAUAGAAGACGCUACAUCAGGUUAUGGAUUGGUAUUACUUGUGCAAGCGCGUGCUAUCAAAGGCAUAUGUUAUGAAAAGCAGAACAACAUCACAGCGGCGAUCGAUGCUUUUUCAACAGCCUGGGAUGUAGUAGAGCAACAUCUCAAGGCCAAAAGCGAAAUGCUGUGGUACUGGAUGGAAGAGUGUCUUUACCAUGGCAUUCUACUGCAAUUGCGUGUCAGAUCCUCACCAUUACGAUUGAUGCGAGCUUAUUUGAAACUUGCCAAUUCAUACUGGUCUAAACAUUGGCGUACAUGUAAACAAUGGGUUGUAUUCUGUUUGUCCGCGCGCCACGUUGCCAAAAUCGAUGGAUUGAAUAACGAUAGUGACAUUGUUUCAAGUCUGAGCGACCUAGACGACCUUAUACCCGUAAUGGAUAUCUUGCGCAAGCUUUUCAGGUCUCUUGCAUCGGUGUGCACUACAACCGAAUUGAAUCAGCGAACGGUCGAACUAGCCAAUCUAACUGCCCAAGUGCAUGAUCGUGUGGGUUGGGGUGAUGCCCGGCAUCUUCGGCGUGUUCUUCGUUUUCUGUAUCAGGCAAAAGAACAUACGUUCAACAGUGCCGAUAUCACUCGCCACUUGCUGUUCACUUUGAUGCGCCUGGGUGACUUUGAUGAAGCCAAACAUACGUUUGUAUCCUAUAUGGAUUUGGUGGGUGCCAGUGAUAUCACAUACACCGAUGAACCGAGACAAUAUGAGGCAUCCCACGUCUUGCGACGCAUGGGACUUGUCAAUGAAACCGCAGUGCAGUUGCUUUCAGUCUUGCUAAUUGGAGCAGAGCUGUAUGGCAAAAUCUACAGCAAUGGGAAAAUAGCCACGAUUAUCAUGCACCUGGCAUUGGACGUGGUGGAAGAAUUAGACGAAGAAGAUGACUUGAGCGAAAUGGUCGCGCGCACAUAUCGAGUCCACGGUGCCGCUUGUGGCGUUUAUGCUCGCCAAUGUGAUGAUCCAGAUACACGUUCAGAAUAUCAUAACAAGGCGAUUAAAUCUUUGAUCAAAGCCGUACGCCUUCAAGAAGAAGAAUUAGGCUCAUCAUCAGCAACGGCAUCAUGGCAAUCAUAUUAUGAACUUGCUGUCGAACAAGCUAUCACACGCAAUUUGCACGACGCUGCUAGCUCUACGAGCAAAUCGAUCCAACUCGAGCCUAACCAUCUAGCAUCAUGGCACCUUUUGGCCUUGAUUUAUUCAUGUCAAGAAAACAAGGAACCGCAAGCCCUUCAAACGCUUGAGGCUGGUUUGAAUACGUCGACGACCUUGUUGACCGAGUAUAGUACUGUAACGGCAGGUGCAGCGCCAGUCAUGUCGUGGAACAAGAACGAAAAGUCUAUGGCACAGUACGUCAGUUUGGCAGAGAGUCAUCUGGCCGUUUCCAUGACUCAGGUGCAACUUUUGGAAAAGUUGGAAGGACCUGAAGCUGUUUUGGACCUAUAUACAGAUCUCUUUUCGAUGUAUGCCAAGUUGGCUACUCAUUUGCUGAAAAAUGAUGACGAUAUGUUGCAGGCAACAACAGCAGAAGUAGAAACAGGUGUAGUAGGCGACCCUGCUGCUGCAACAGCGAAUGGAAGGCAUAACUCCAUGUCUUCAUCCAGACGAACCUCACGUUCGCAUUCAUUGUCCAAUGCUGAUCCUCGUCGACGAUCGAAUAGCACUUCCGCCAACCACCGCCGUCCAAGUGAGCUCAACGGCAACACAUCGGAUGUCCCUCCUGUUUCGCCGUCAGCAAAUACCAACUUGCCACCGCGCCGCAUGAAGACCAGCAGCAGCGAUGAGAUUCGUAGCGAUCGUCGAGGCAGUGAUGUAGUGCGCAAUCGAUCGUCGUCAAUCAGCAGAGAAAGCAAGUCGAUUCGCAAGAAGAGUAUGCAACUGAUUGAUAUGGGAUUUGCUCGACGAAUGGGCAGCACACAGCAAUCAACCAAGCAAUUUUCUUCUGGUUCCACCUUGUAUGAUGAACGAUCCACGUCCAGUUCAGAAGCAUCUUCAGCGACGCUCAUGUCCUUGUUGACACCUUCCUUCUCCGCAGCAAGUAUGGGUGCUGCUGAAAGACGGCCUUCUAACACGACCGCCACUAUCAGCUCCAUCAUCGACAAGCCCACGCACUUUUACACUCGAUACCAGCGCGACCGUUGGUACCAUCUACUCGUAAAACUCUGGCUCAUGUCCACGACAACAUUCAUCCGCGCCGGCCGCCUCGAAGAAGCCACCAAAGCAAUUGUCGAAGCGGAGCAGCAGUUGCUUGUGGGUCAAAUGAACGAUGCCAGUGUCUGGUACCAACUCGGCCUGGUUUGCAUUCAAAAAGCAAAGAAGGUAGCAACGACGGUGGAUCAAGCCAAAUUGCACGAUACCGGAUUGGAUGCAUUCAAAAAGGCGCUGGCCAUUGAUCCAGAUCAUAUUGAGGCACUGGUUGCCAUGGCACGCUGUUUCAUUGAUAUGGAAGAAUGGGAGUUGGCCGAAGGCUUGUUGGAUCGCGCUACCCGUGGAUACGGCUGGGAUAAUGCCGAGGCUUGGUAUUGUCUGGGCAUCUGUUACCGCCAUGCACAUAAUUUGGAACAGGCCAAGAAUUGCUUCCAGUACGCCGUCGAGCUGAGCGAGACUACGCCUUUGCAGUCCUUCUCGCAAUUGCCUCGUUUCGUACAAUAGUAAUCAUCAUAAUCAUACAACAACUUUAGUCAUUUAUCAUCCACCAAUCCCUUCCGAUGUCCUCCAUGAAAUCUCAGGGCUAUUAUAACACACACAUUUUUGGAUCCAAUCUCUCCCUAAUCUAUCAUCGU